UAAUUGACAUUAUUGACAAUAUUGACAUCAUUGAAGGAAUGAAGGAAUGAACACAAUCACAAAUGAAAAUUAAAUCCGAGUAGAAAUCUUGAUUCUUUCUUCUGGUUUUCAAAUCAGUUCAAAAUUAAUAGAAGAUUUUUCACUUUUAAAUGUUGAAGGCAAAUAACAAUAGAAGUAAUGAUUUAGGAAAAUUCUUAUCUUGGAUUCUAAGGCAUGGAGCUGUGAAUGAAGGUAUUCCCAUUGCAAUAGAUGGAUUCGUCCCAGUGGAAAGUUUAUUAGAACACAGAUUCCUUAAAGGUAGAUUCACUAAAAACGACAUAAUCAAAGUUGUAGAAACUGAUGACAAGAGAAGAUUUGCUCUAAAAUUCAAUGAGACCAGUUUUAAAAUUAGAGCGAAUCAAGGGCAUUCAAUAAAAGUAGUUAUAACAUUAGAGCUGACACCAAUUACCAACGCCAAUAGUUUCGAACAUGUUGUUCAUGGAACAUUCUUCAAAAAAUGGAAUAAAAUAAAAUUGGAAGGUUUACAUCGUAUGAAAAGGAAUCAUAUACAUUUUUCACAGAAUAUAACUGACAGUAGUACUAAUAUCAGUGGCUUGAGGAAAAAUUCAGAGAUCUUUAUAUAUAUUGAUCUAGAAGCAGCCCUUCAGAGUGGAUUACAAUUUUUUUUAUCAGCAAAUGAUGUCAUUCUCUGUCCAGGAGAUGAGGAAGGAUUUAUAAAACCGAUUUUCUUUAAAAAAGUUUGUAGAGCCAAUGGUUGUCCAUUGGAAUUUCAUUGAAAAUGGAUAACAAUUCCUCUACUUGUGAUCUAUGUAAAGUGACUUUUGGUAGUGAAACUGAUUCGAUUUUACA